GUCACCAUGAAACAUUUCCAAUGCACCAAAAAACAAAACUGUGACACGAAUAGGGACGUACCUCGUCCACACCGCAAAUACAUUUUCCACAAAUUUGCCAAGACGCAUGUCCAUGCGCAAAAACGAAGCGAACAGGUAAUAAAUGAAAAGGCCUGGGUAACUACCUAUCGCUCACUUCCUGGAGGACACCCAGUCCGAAUCAAACACACAGCUCUCAUUCGGCAGGUGGGAGAGGAGUGCAGGCUCUCGUCGGACGCCUCAGAGAGACGCUGCAGGACCCCAGAUGGCCUGAUCUGCAGCGGGAGAGGCGAGUGCGUCUGCGGGGUCUGCAUAUGUGAAGCCACUGACCCGGAGAAGUUCUACGGGCCGCGCUGCGAGUGCCACGAUUGGGUCUGCGCAACAUAUGAUGGCAAGACAUGCUCUGGUCAUGGCUCCUGUGACUGUGGCAAGUGUGAGUGCGAUGACGACUGGUUCGGAGAGGCCUGCCAGUACCAGGACCAGUGCAGUCUUUCCAACAAGAAGAGCAGAGAGCUGUGCAGAAACUCACAAGGGGUGGUGUGCUCCAACGCAGGCUCCUGCCACUGUGGCAGCUGCGUGUGCCACGACCCCGAUGGCAAGGGCCUGACCAGCGGCCGCUACUGCCAGUGCGACGACAGCCAGUGCCUGGACGAUGACACGGGAGAGCUGUGUGGAGGGCAUGGAACGUGUUACUGUGGCAACUGUUACUGUGCGGCUGGUUGGCAUGGUGACAGAUGUGAGCUCCAGUGCCACAUCAGCCCCUGGGAGAGCAAGCGCAGAUGCACAUCACCAGACGGCAAGAUCUGCAGCAACAGAGGUACCUGUGUGUGUGGAGAGUGCACCUGCUAUGACGUGGACCCUUCAGGGGACUGGGGGGACAUCCACGGGGAGACAUGCGAGUGUGACGAGAGGAGUUGCCAUGCCGUCUAUGACAGAUACUCCGAUGACUUCUGCUCAGGUCAUGGCACGUGCAACUGUGGCCGCUGCGACUGCCGCGAGGGCUGGACGGGAAAGAAGUGCGAGCACCCCCUCUCCUGCUCGCUCUCCGCCGACGCUAGCCUGCGCAAGUGCAGAGGGACCUCCAACCUGCCCUGCUUUGGGAGAGGGCAGUGCCUCUGUGGUCAGUGUACCUGCCAACCUCCAGGAGACAGUCGAGUUCAUGGGAAGAACUGUGAGUGUGAUGACCGGCAGUGCGAGGACGUGAAUGGAGAGAUGUGUGGAGGUGAGGGCUUCUGCUCGUGCGGGCGCUGCAUAUGUAACAAUGGCUGGUUCGGCAAGCACUGCCAGUUCCCCCGCACCUGCCUGAUGAGCGACGAGGAGAGCAAGACCCUGUGUGAGACGGACGAUGGAGUCUACUGCUCGGGGAAAGGGUCCUGCCACUGUGGAAGGUGCAUCUGUUCUCCUCAGGAGUGGUACGUGUCGGGGGAGUUUUGUGAAUGCGACGACAGGGAAUGUGAUCAGCACGAUGGAUUAGUCUGCACAGGAAAUGGUGUGUGCAACUGCGGGAGCUGCGACUGUUGGGAUGGCUGGACUGGAAAUGCUUGCGAGAUCUGGGUUGGGGAGGAAUACUAGCCAAAGCAGCACCACCACGGGACACUUUUUAAAAAGAAAAUAUAUAAAAAAGACGUUUUAUGUUUGUCUUUUCCUUUCUUUUUAUGUUUUCACUUGAAGACAGAGAUCGGCUGCUGGAACAACUGAAGUCAGAAGAUAGGGUGUGUUUGUGGUUUGGUUGUAGAAGCAGAGAGAGACCAAAAAGCACUCGAAAGGACUGGGAUAUAAUGCUUCAUUCAGAUUUCAGCAUAUCACUUUUAUAACAGCAUUCAUUGUACUGGUUACAAAUUAUCUUUAUUAAAACUAUGAUUUUUGUUUUGUUUUUGUAUGCAAGAAAAACAACUGAGUGCAGAGAGCAGUUUUUCGUUGUAGACACAUUACUUUGUAAUCCUGUAUAUGCUUUUUUUCCAAUACGACUAAUAUGUAUGAAACUGUUUAUAUAGGAAUGCUUACAUAGUCUGGAACAGAAAAGAAACAAAAAAGAAAGCUACACAUAAAAGGAUGCAAAUACAUGAACAGAAAUCAAAACAAUGAAAGAAAAAAAAACCACAUUUUAUUCUGUAGGGUUACGGAGUUUGUCAUUUAUGUGCAGUGGUCAUGUUUCUCCAUGUGGAUGUCCCAACAAGCUGAUGCGCAAGUUCUAAAAGCUUCCUGAAGGUUACACUCAGACCUGUUCCCCUGCAACCACAGGCGGGGAAUGCCAACAUCUGAGCUGGUUUUAUUAUUUUCACUCUACAUUUCCAAUUUGAAUAAUAAUAAUAAUAAUCAUAUUGAUAAUAAUAAUAUAAUAAUAAUAAUAACCAUCAAAUGUGGUGCAUGGCCGUAAGACAACAAACCAAAACAAACAAUCAGUAAAAAAUGAAAGAAACUUAAUGAACCCCAAGCAAACCAUUUUACUUGUGAACAAUGCAGUGUUAAUCAUUCAGACGGUGAAUCUUAAUCAGUAGAAAAUAUUCAAUGAGAACCAACUGACCUGAGGAGUGGUCACUGAAACAAUUUGACAUGUAUUGCCCAUCCCCAUCUCCAUCCCCACUCCUUACUGCCACUAGCCAUACAGAUGCCUCACUUUGACCUCAUGGCAAGAACAUCUGGGAUGCAACAUGGGGUGUGUAUUUCAGUCAGUGAAUGGCAUGCACUUCACAUCAGUUGAGGAAAAUAGCUAGAUUAACUGCAUUGUGAUUUUUAGCAGCAGUGCCAAAAAGUCUCUCUCUCUCUCUCUCUCUCUCUCUCUCUCUCUCUCUCUCUCUCUCUCUCUCUCAAUCCUGCAAACAAUAACUACAAACAGGACGGGCAUAGAACGUGAAAAGAUUCUGAAUGAAAGUUUUACUUUGGCCUUAUUCAUGCUUCCUGUUACGUAAUUAGCCAAUGUAACCCCUUGUUGAAUCCUCAUCCGAUGGCUUGUGCAAUAAUAUACUGCACGCAAUAUUGCAUUAAGUUUGUUACUGACAUUACAGUACACCUUUAUAUAAAUGUUUUAUUCAAUACGUUGUAUCUGUUUAUACAACAAACACAAUCUGUACAGUGCAGACAAACUCUUUGCAUAUAUGUAUGUAAAAUGAGCAGUACAUACCCACAGUUCUUGAUACACAUAGCCUACCACAUGCAGUUCUCGAAAGCUGGCCCCUUCCCAUGCAACUCAUGAAAACAGAGAAACAGAAGGCCUGAAAAUAAACGAAACAAAUCUACUGAUCGACAGACUUUUUCGAGCUAUGAGAUAAAACAAACAGCAUACAGUAAGAGAGGCAGGGAUGACAAAAAAAAGAAAAGAAAUCCAUCAGAAACUAUAGCAGAACUUGUUCAGUGGUAGAUCUGGAACAGGACUACAAACACAGACGAUCAACAUGGGGGAGAACAGACAAAACCUUCAGCUACAGGAGGUAUAUAACGACUCAAAGAAGGAAAAAAAAAACAGAACAAAACAACAAGGAUGAAACAUUUGCACACCAGUCAUUUACAAAAAUAAAUUUAACCUUCAUAAAAACCAGUAGUCUGGUAAAGCAGGGCUGGUAUUAGCCCAGCAUUUAGAGUUCUUGUCAAAAUGGUUACAGUUGUUGGUUUUCCUUCUAAGUGGAAGUGGGAUGUCAGCCCAAAAUAGAAUCAAAAUAUCAAGCUUGUUUUUUGUUGUUUUUUUCUUUCUCUUUGUGUAUAGAACUGCCUUAUUAUCAUAGCAUAAAAGGAGCUUGUGUACUGUCAAAUGUUUAAAGUCUAACUAAUGUGCUUUAACAAGUCCCUAAUAAGAAACUAGCUCAUUAAUUCCAAUAAAUUCCAGAAAUUAUAGGUUGUCAAAAUUAAUUUUCAAUAAUAUAUUUUCGCAAUUUAGCAGCAUAGCCUCAUUCUACAUAAUAACAUUCUAAAUCUUACUCAUUAAAACUAUGAGAAAUUGUCAAAGCAAGACAGGCUUCCUACUAAAUCUGUGGAUCAGAGUCAGAAAAGAUAGUUGAUAAACUGCUUAGAUCAAUGAGCACACAAUGAGACUCCAAAACAGAAAGAGUGCAAUGAGUCCGAUUCAUAGUAGUUAAGUCGUAAUGAUAGAAACUUGCAUGAACAUGCCAAAUUCAAUGCUUGACCUAUGUAACUCGCCACUAAUAUUUGUUUCUAUAUCGUUAUUUCCCCAUACUUUGGUCCUCGAGGGAAGAGCAUGCAAGUUCAAUAACUAUAGGUACCCUUUCUUGGUCUAAAAAACAUGGCGCUAUGACUAAGUGACAUCAAUCAGACCUUGCGGCAUUUGGUAUAGAGAAGGGCAGAGAAUUCACCCUUCUGCCAGGGUAAACUACAACAGUCAUAAUGAGUGAAGACAACAGGUUUGUGGGAAACAAAUAGAAAAGAUGGUUGGAUAGAGCGAGUGUUAGUGGUUGUCACCUUUACUACUGUCCUUAACCCGAAAUCCAAAAAAAAUCACUGGCUCUAGAGAUAAGAGACUUUGGUAAAUUUCUCAACUGUGGUUCUAAACACCAACCCCAUACCACCACUUAGCUACCUUCAUCCCUGAACAGAAACGAAACAAAAAGAAAAAAAAUGUGAAUGGAGUGGUCCUGGUUUUAUGGUUGUUGCCAUGAUGUUGUGCAGUAAUGAUAACGGCAAUGCUAACGUCUAAUGAUGAUGAUUGAUGAUGCUACUGUCUGUGUUCUCAUUAGGGGGGGUUUCAGGAUUUCAAUGAGGCACCUCCACCCCCAGACACCGGCUCACUCAGUAAACGGAUCCGGCGCCGAGCUGGCCCCAGUUUGGGGCCCGGAUCCUGUAUUAACCAGAGUCGGCCACUGUCUGGGUGUAACCCAGCCCCCGACUUGACUGGGCACACGUUUUUGCAUGCUGGGUUUCGAGGCUUCGCACAGGCACAUGAUGGGCCAAUAUGAGUAGUAUUGGACUCUCUCUGCAUGCUGAGCUGAGAAGAAAAAAAACUUUCGUAACAUCUCGUAAUAUCUGCUUGUUAAAAAUCCAUUUUUGUUUCAUAUAUUUUUUAAAUAACUCUUUUUUUGAUAUUCAAUCUUAUAUAGAUUUUUUUAAAACCAUUUUUUAUUAGUUUUUUUAUAUAGUGAAAACAUUAUAGUAUAUAACAAGCCACCUCUUGCAGUGCUGCUACAAGAGAAUCAGCCAGUACUUAACCUUUCGCCCAUGCUUCUGCUCAACAAAUAUGGGAGGAGGAUGAAAGCCAACUU